GUCGUAAUCAGCACACCGCUUUGUAGCUCAUAGCUUUCAGACAGCUCCAUGCAGUAGUCAGAUAAUGAUGAUGGUGAGGAUGUAGCCGGUGUGUGUGUGUGUAGUUAUUCAGCUUGGGGGGGUGACACGAGGAGGACUGUGCAUGAGUCAGGGGAGGGCUGCGUCUCUGGGACAGGAGGUGGACUCACUUGCGAAGGCUGCUGGCUGACAACCAACGUGAUUCGUGCCAUUGAUGCGUGGACACCGGUGUGACUGGACAUCGAUGCACGAGUGGGAAUCUGUGGCUCAGGGCUGAAGAUUCUCAGGCUGAACCCGAGCAGCGAAGAGGAGCCUGCAGCUCCCUGCUAAUCCUCACCCACCAGAUAAACUGGUCCGCAGCUUCAUCAUGAACAGCAAUGACUCCAAGGAGUACCUGACCAGGAGGGAGAUACCCCAGCUUUUCGAGGGCCUUCUCAAUGGAUUAAUGUACUACAGGCCGGAUGACCCUGUGGAUUACUUGGAAAACUGCUUACAGAAAGUGAAAGAGCUGGGAGGCUCAGAGAAGGUGAAGUGGGACACGUUCGUGGGUCCGGAUAAAAGAAACUUGCCUCCGCUCAACGGUGGACAGGGGCGGCGGGCGUUCUUCAGAAAUGUAUUGCCAGAAAGUUGCAACUUUCCUUACCGGAGAUAUGACCGGUUGCCUCCGAUCCACCAGUUCUCUAUAGAAAGUGAUACCGACCUCUCAGAGACCGCAGAGCUGAUUGAGGAGUACGAAGUGUUCGAUCCAUCCAGACCGCACCCACAAAUUAUACUGGUCAUUGGUGGGCCUGGCAGCGGGAAAGGGACUCAGAGCUUGAAAAUAGCGGAGCGUUACGGCUUUGAAUACAUAUCGGUGGGCGAGCUGUUGAGGAAAAAGAUUCACAACACAAGCAGCAACAGAAAAUGGAGCCUAAUCGCCAAGAUAAUAACCACAGGGGAAUUAGCACCACAGGAGACAACAAUUACUGAAAUAAAGCAGAAAUUAAUGCAGAUUCCUGACUCUGAGGGGAUUGUUAUAGACGGCUUUCCUCGCGACGUGGCUCAAGCACUGUCCUUUGAGGACCAAAUUUGCACGCCGGAUCUAGUGGUAUUUUUGGCCUGCGCCAACCACAAGCUAAAGGAGCGAUUACUAAAGCGAGCAGAGCAGCAGGGGCGUCCAGACGAUAACCUUAAGGCAAUCCAGAGAAGAUUAAUGAACUUCAAGCAGAAUGCUGUACCGCUGGUCAACUACUUCCAGGAGAAAGGUCUUAUCAUCACGUUUGACGCUGACAGGGACGAGGAAGAAAUCUUCGAUGAUAUAAGUGCUGCCGUUGACAGUAAGCUAUUUCCUGCUAAGGAGCCGGUGGCAGGCCCGAGCGAGCUUGACCUCAGCCUUAUCUUAGACAGCGGGGAGGCUAGUGAGACAGGAGGGGACAAUGAGGAUCAGAAUGCUGAUCAGAAUGAGGAAAUUGCGCAUCUUUUCGGCGAUGAUUAUCUAAGAGGUUUUACAGAGGAAUUGAAAAAGUUGAAGGUCAUAUUUAUAUUAGGUGGCCCGGGAUCCGGUAAGGGGAUUCAAUGUGAGAAAUUGGCACAGAAAUACUGCCUCACGUACCUGUCUAUAGGGGAUCUGCUGCAGAGUGAUCUGGCCUUGCCUUCGGAGAGAAGUAAACUCAUAAGGGAUCUCUUGGAACGCGAGGACCCAGUACCAGCGGACAUCAUUCUGGAUAUUCUGAAGAAUGCAAUCAGCUCAUCGCUUGGGGCCACCAAGGGAUUCGUGCUGGACAGCUUCCCCUGUGAGAUCCGGCAAACUGAAGAGUUUGAGUGCAAGCUCGGAAAACCAGACGUGGUGCUGUACCUGGACUGUCCUGCCGAAACCAUGACGGCGCGGCUUGUCGGCAGGAAUAAGGCCGCCCAUCGGAGUGACAUCAGCACGGAAACCAUCCAGAGGAGACUUCAGAUGUUCUACCAGAUGGUAGAGCCCAUAUUGGCCUACUAUGAAUCAAAGUCUCUUCUAUGUAAGAUCAACGCAGAGGGAUCUCCCGAACAGGUUUUCCUUCACCUCUGCACAUCAGUCGACUCAAUUUUCUGAGAAGAUCCCUGGAGCGGUGCCAUUGAAGAGACAGAAGCGUGUACAUGUUGUAUAUUAUAUUCACCGGUGCAAGAGUCGGCGCCAUGCUCGUCACACUACUGCAUGCUGUCUGAACUGUAACACCAGAACAGGGACCUCUGUAGUACAGAGCAGACCUGAGCAUCUCGAGGACCUCCAGCUGCUGAGGAACGGCAAGUCCACGCUCUGUAUGGCAAGCCAUGCUGGGACUUGUCCUUCCCCAACAAGCAGAGCCUCCCUGAGUGCCAGAGCUGCUGUGUCACACAGAAAGGUCAGUUACAACUUUGCAGGUUUUUGCCGCUCUGUAAUAACAUU